AAAACAGUAUUUUUGACCAAAACUAGAAAAUGAAAAUGAAAGGUUUGUUUAUAUUGGCUUCUUCUCUCCUUAUUCUUGCUUUCAUUCAUCACUCGGAAUCAGCUUCAAUGCGGAGUUUGUUGAUGAAGAAGGGAUCAUAUGAAGAAGAAGAAGAAAAAGAGCAACAAGUUCUAAAGUAUGACUCCAUGGGAACGAUCACUAACUCUUCUGCUUUUGACUCAAAACGAAUAAUUCCCACUGGUCCAAAUCCACUUCACAAUAGGUAACUUUGAUAACUGAUAGAUCGAACAAGAAAAUGAUGUGUGCUAUGUGUAUCUAUCUUCUUGUGUAUUUUUGUAAUGUUGAAUAUAUA